UUUUCGUUAACUGGGAGUUGAAUUUAUGUAACACGAGCGUCAUCGAACGACACACAACAUCCAUCACUCGGGGGCCGGUCGCUCCGCGGAGUCGGGCAGAAUGUGUGCGAGCGACGCUUCGGCCGUGCCUGCGAUACUGCAAGCCCCCGCCAGGCUGGUAUCUGGCGUAGCUUUGGCUCCGUUCUGUCAGAGUACGCCUAGUAGCUGUCACGGGCAGAUAAUCGCGGAAAAGUCGCGCGACUUUCUUCCUAUUCCCAGCGACUUCGUCUAGUAUUAACGGAUCGUAAACGGACCCUUUGUGAACCGCUCGUCGGCGAUUUGAAUAAGUUCCCGCGCAAUUCCGCGACGUCUAGUUAUGAGAAUAGACGAGGCGAAGCUCAUCGAGGAAGUCAAGAAACGGCGUCCUUUGUGGGACCCGCGCUUGAAGUCGUAUCAGAGCCGCGAAUUGAAAUGGAAAUUAUGGAAUGAAGUGGCUGAAAGUCUGGAUAUCAGCAGAGACGCAGCUCAAAAAAAGUUUAAAAAUAUGAAAGAUAUAUUCCGUCGAGAGCUAAAACGCAAUGCCGCUAAGGCUAAACAGAGAGCAGAUUCUAUCAAUUCAACCAACUCUGAAAUGGACUCAGCAAGUUCAACUAGCUCCAAAUGGCGUCUAUUUGACGAUAUGGUUUUCCUUAAGGAUUGUUUAGACGUUCGAUCGCCACGAGUCCAAAAAGUUCCAAUCGAGGAAAGCAGCACCGAUUUGGAUAACUUCGAUUCAGAACUGUCCGAUUCAUUGACAGAUUCAUUCGCAACACUUGAUGAUAUAAACAAUGAUUUAUUCUCAGCACAAAACCAAACGACCGUGCCCAUUUUAAACUACCCACCGAAAAGGAAGUCGUCCAUGCAUUCAACCCCUGAAUGUAAAAAAUUCAAAUCAAUUGAUUUAGAAAGCUUAGCGCAAAUUUUGAAUGCAGAGACGGAGAAGAACUAUCAAGAUGACGACUAUAGUUUCCUGAUUAGUUUUUAUCCGUAUAUUAAAAGAAUGCCUGAAUUAUCAAAACUCCAAUUUAGAGUAAGAAUGCAAGAGUUGUUAUAUAAUACAAUGGCCGAAAUUGAAGCGGCUAAUUCUUUAAAUAAUGCGUUGCAAGUUCAGAUUUCAUACGCUAGUCCUGGAGACGUUAGUGAUAAGACAAUAAACUAAGUAAUAAGAUACAUUUAAUACUUAAUUACAGUUGGUUCGAACAAAGUCUAGGUUCAAAUUGUAGUUUGGUAUUGUCACAAAAGAAGAAAGUCAUGGAAAGUGGAAAAAUAGAUGCAGCAGAUUUUCUCAUGCAAGAGGCUAAUUCAAAAAAUCUCACAGGAUCUUGCAAAAAUCAAGGUUUUUGCAUGGUUCAUUUACAGUAAUUUGAAACGUUUGGAAGUGAGGUAAAUUAUCGCAAGGUUGAGCACAUCAUCUAGCUCUGCUGUCAUUCAUUUAUGGCCCUUGUUUAGAGAACGGGUCUACAUCUCGGUCUAAUGCAAUUGCAAUUAUUCUACGAUAGCGCAGUAUUUGAAUAAAUGAAGUAUAAGUAGUCGUCUUAGGUGCCUUGUAUAUAUUACAUACAAUGAAGAGAAAGCACGUCUGUGAAAAAUGCUAAGAUCACAUUCUACAGUUGCCAUAUAAUCACAAAAGACUUAAUAAUAUUUGAAUAGCUUUAUUUUUAUCUAACGAAAACGGUCAAACUGUAAUUCAGAUUUUUGAAUACGAAAUAACGUAAUGUUUUAAAAUUUACUGUAUUUUUGAGAUUCAUCCAUGUAGGACUUGACUGAAAGAUGAUGCAAAAUAUAUUUCGAUUCAAGCCUUUGUGAAUCAGGGUAUUUGUAUUUUACCAACGCGAACAUUCACAAACUUUAUAAACUAAAAACUAGGAUAUCUUUCUAUAUAUGCAUCGAGAUUAUUUUGCUUUAAGAAUGAAGAUCUUGAUAUUACAAGUAUUGCAUUUACAUUUUUAUAGUUGUUAGGUUAUCGAAUCACUUAUUUAUGUGUGGAAAAUCGAAUUGAAUCACAUAAUGAUUAUCCCUCAACCAAUUUUCCGUCAUUUACUGUUCCCGGCACUUAUUGAAGGCUUUUCCAGUUGCUGUGAUUGAUAAACGAAUCUUUAUCGAUAUAAAAAAUGAAAUGGUUCAUUGAGGGAUAAUUGAAAAAGUAGCAGUUGCUUAUUGGGGUUUCAGGAGAAACUUCUACUUUUGAGCUUAUAUUGUAAUUUGCCUAUGCAUUUACCAUUUUCCUUCAUUGUAUACGUUAGGUUAUAGAAGCCCAUUUUAUUAGUAAGUAGAGUUAAGUUGACUUUAUAUAUUCCCUAGUCAAGCUCAACAAUAAAAAUGCUUUCUAUUUCAGAAA